AUGACGUCGGAGAUAUGUAUUGCUGUGUUCGAUCAUUUCAAAUUUGUGUUUGCUAUGUUCGAUGAUUUUAGAGACGUGUUUGAUGUCCUCGAUGAUUUCAGAGAUGCAUAUAUGCUUCUUGUGUUCGAUGAUUUCAGAGUUGUGUUUCUUGUUUUCGAUGAUAUCAGAGAUGUAUUUGUUGUGUUCGAUUACUUCAGAAAUGUUUUUGUUGGGUUCGAUAAUUUCGGAGAUGUGCUUGUUGUGUUCAAUGAGGUCAGAUAUGUUUUUGUUGCGUUCAAUGACUUCAAAUAUGUGUUUGAUGUGCUCGUUGAUUUCAGAGAUGUGCUCGUUGUGUUCAAUGAUUUCAGAUAUAAGUUUGGUGUGUUCGAUGAUUUCAGAUAUGUGUUUGAUGUGCUCGAUGAUUUUAGAGAUGUGCUUGUUGUGUUCGAUGAUUUCAGAUAUGUGCUUGUUGUAUUCGAUGAUUUCAGAUAUGUGUUUGCUGUGUUCGAUGAUUUCAGAUAUGUGUUUGAUGUGCUCGCUGAUUUCAGAUAUGUGCUUGUGUUCGAUGAUUUCAGAUAUGUGCAUGUUGUAUUCGAAGAUUUCAGAGAUGUAGAUGCCUCUGCUGUUCCCGAUAUUUUCAGAGAUGUGUUAGCUGUGCUCAGUUAUUUUAACAAUGUGUUUAAUGUGCUCAAAUAUUUCAGCGAUGUGCUUGUUGUGCUCGAUAAUUUCAGACACGUGUUUGCUGUGCUCGAUAAUUCCAGACAUGUGUUUGCUGUGCUCAAUCAUUUCAGCGAUGUGCUUGCUGUGCUCGAUAAUUUAAGAGAAAAUAUUGCAUUAAAUGAAGACUCUCGCCUUCUUGAUAACAUAAUUACUCCAAUGUUUUCAUAUCUGGCUAAUGAUGAUGAUGUAUCCACAUGUAGCUUUACUAAUACUGCUGCUGCUGCUGCUGCUGCCCGGAAAACGGUUGCGCCUUGGUGGACACUUUGGUUGCCUUACCCCGCGACGUUCAGAAAACUUGUGUUUGUCACUACAGAAAACAAUUUGCCAUACUUUCCUAAUUUCAAACUGAUUGUUCAGAAUGUCUCAAAAUCAGACUUCGAAUGGAAAAAGUAUAGUACGGACGGAGUGUUGUGCUAUCAACAUGACGCCUCAAUUCCACGAGAAACAACCGUGCAAGUCUCAUGUAUCGGUGUACCUGUUGGGAAUCUUAUACGACUACAACUUGCUAACACGUCUACACAACUCGUAAUUUGUGAUUUUAGAGUAUAUGAAGGAUGUGGCAAUGGUUUCUUUGGCUCAGAUUGUAGUGAACACUGUAGUAGUACGUGUUACCCUUCAAGACAAUUUACGUGCGAUAAUAUAGAAGGAACAUGUUUAAAUGGCUGCGUUGCUGGGUGGAAAGGCACUCGGUGUGAGAACGAAUGUGAGCAUGGUAAAUGGGGCAGACACUGUGCAGACACAUGUGGCAACUGUUUUUCUGCAACAUGUAAUAACACAGAUGGUCACUGUCCUAACGGAUGCGUUGCUGGAUUUAAAUUGACAGAUCUAUGCACUGAAAAAUGCAGUAAUGGUUAUUAUGGGAAAAACUGUAAGCACCAAUGCAGCAGCACUUGUUUCCUCUUCUCGGGGUCAGUCAUCUGUGAUUUUGUAAAUGGAAAAUGUUUAAAUGGCUGCAAAGCUGGUUGGAAAGGUCUCAAGUGUGAAAGAGAAUGUGAAGACGGUACAUGGGGCAUUGGCUGUGCAAGACAUUGUGGUAACUGCUAUUCAGCAACAUGUAACCAUGUAAAUGGCAAAUGUCCAGAUGGAUGUGCUGCUGGAUUCAAACCGACAACGCUAUGUACCGAAAAGUGUAAUAAUGGCUACUACGGGAAAGAUUGUGAACACAACUGCAGCCGCAUGUGUUCUCCCUUGGGAUCAGUCAUCUGUGAUAAUGUAAAUGGAAGUUGUUCAAAUGGCUGCAAGAUCGGGUGGGAAGGUAUCCGGUGCGAAAAACGAUGUAGAGAAGGAACAUGGGGAGAAAACUGCAUGAGAGUCUGUGGAAAAUGCCUAAGUAGCUGUGACGUUUUAAGUGGAGCUUGCAAUGGUGGCAAUUGCCAACCCGGUUACAAGUAUAAAUUAUUCUGCGAUGAAGAAUGUGAAAACGGUUGGUAUGGCAACAACUGCAGCCGACAAUGCAGCCCUGAAUGUAAAGACUUAUCAUUAUGUAGGAAAUCAGAUGGUGUUUGCCUAAAAGAAUCUACAGAAACAGAGAGUACAAAUGGAGCAACAAUAACAACAGCAUCGUCAACAACCGCAGUGAUUGCCGGAGUAGGAGCAGCGAUAAUAGUCGUUAUCAUCUUAGGUGUACUUUCAGUUUUAAUCUAUAUGCGGCGUACACAGCAUAGUACUAUCGUUAAUAACGGUGGAAACGGACCAAAAGCAAUAUAUGUGAACUCAGCAGAGCCGGUUGAUUCCGCUUACGAUACAAUCCAAGGCAGAAACUUGAAUGAGCAUGAGUAUGGGACAGCCUGAUUGAAAUUCAGUAUUUGCUUUGAUAUUAAUCGGAACAUACUUUCGUUUUGAACCUAUGUAUGCUACGUAGUAAAAAACUGUGUUCUAUAGGCAAACGCAACAUUGCAAACUAUUUUUGCACAACAUGUAACAGUAAAACUUUACCUGCAUUAAAAACUACUGGCACAACAUUACACAAUAUUGCAUAAUUAUUUGUAGUUUCAUUAUUUUCGUUGAUUUUGUUGUUACGUCAAUGGACGAAAUUAUAUUCCAACGAACAAGUAUAAUUCCAUUCAUUCUUUUUCAAAUUCAUACACUGUACCGGUUUGGUAAAAACCACGUAUUUCGUCCUCACAUGAUUAAAUGUUUUCAUAGUAUCCAUUUUGUCCGCUUAUAUUUCAAAGUAUUUUCGUGUAUGUAUUUCUAUUUCUCUUUUAAGAUCAAAAUCUUUAAAGCGGGUGAGAGACAUAAUGUAAAAUUUAUAUAAUAAUAUAAUGUAAUAUAAGGUUGGAGUUUUUUGAAAUUAUAUUAUUAUGUUUUGCGUGAUACUAUUAUAACUCCAUUCUUCAAUUAUGGCUAUAUUUCCAUGUACAUAUAUUUAUUUUUGUCAUUAUUCGUAUUUUUCUUGCGUUUUUGAGUUCUUUAUCUAAUUAUGCAUCCAAUGAUAAUUAACAUGUUAAUUAAGCUGAAAUGCUUUAACUCUUACAUUAUGCAAGAAAAGCGAACCAAGCAAAACAUUUAACAGAGAGAUAUCAUUUCUUCUCAGUACAAAGGGAAUGAUUUUUAUGAAUUUCAAGAGAUUAAAAAAAUUUCAUGGUU